GGUGGAUUCCGUUGGGAGGCUGUAGAACAUCGCCAGGCGGUUCUUGCGGGAUCUCUCUCGGUUGUAAGUGCAGGUUAGCGGUGUCACCCCUGGGAUGAAUCCACCAAGCCUCCACGCCUCUGUGGAUUUAAACGAGCCUGGAAUAUGAGCAGAAGAAAACGAUAAGCAGCGGCGACAGGCUUCCUGGGGAAUUCUGCCCAGGCUUUUUGUUUUUCCGUGGACAUGCCUGGUCUAUGGAGCUGAACGCAGCUAGCUGGCCGACAUCCGGCUAGCGCAACAUUUCCAGGCUUUUGGAUGCUUGUUUAACCGAAGAGCUGAUUUAUUUUGGAUCAGCGCUACCUCCCCUCCCUGGGUAAGCGGUCAGCAUGGGGGAGCCCAGCUUGGACGACGCCAAUGUCAAGGUGGCUGUUCGUGUACGGCCCAUGAACAGGAGAGAAAAGGAAUUAAACACAAAAUGUGUUGUGGAAAUGGUGAAGAACCAGACGAUCCUCCAUCCUGCCGGAGGUAACCUGGGCAAAGGAGACUCCAGGAGUCAAUCUAAGGUGUUUGCCUACGAUUACUGCUUCUGGUCCAUGGAUGAGACAGAUAAAGAGAAAUUUGCAGGUCAGGAGGUGGUCUUCCAGUGCCUUGGGGAAAGUCUUCUCCGCAACGCCUUCCAGGGCUACAAUGCCUGUAUCUUUGCCUAUGGACAAACUGGUUCAGGAAAGUCGUACACCAUGAUGGGUUCAGUGGACCAGCCAGGUCUGAUUCCCCGGCUGUGCAGUGCUUUGUUUGAACGAACCCAGAAGGAACAGCGGGAGGAGGAGAGCUUUACUGUUGAGGUGUCCUACAUGGAGAUCUACAACGAGAAGGUCCGAGAUCUGCUCGAUCCCAAAGGGGGUAGACAAACUCUGAGGGUGAGGGAACAUAAAGUUUUGGGUCCCUACGUGGAUGGCCUGUCUCGACUAGCUGUUGCAAGCUACAAGGACAUUGAGUCUCUGAUGUCAGAGGGAAAUAAGUCUCGGACUGUUGCCGCUACCAAUAUGAAUGAGGAGAGCAGCCGAUCACACGCUGUCUUCAACAUCAUCCUCACACACACACUCAAAGACCUGCAGUCUGGGACGAGUGGGGAGAAGGUGAGUCGGUUAAGUCUGGUGGACUUGGCUGGAAGUGAGCGAGCAGCAAAGACUGGAGCAGCAGGAGAACGGCUCAAGGAGGGAAGCAACAUCAACAAGUCGCUCACGACUCUGGGCCUGGUGAUCUCGGCGCUAGCUGAACAGGGAACAACCAAGAACAAAAACAAGUUUGUUCCUUACAGAGACUCUGUUCUGACAUGGCUGCUGAAGGACUGUCUGGGUGGCAACAGUCGCACAGCUAUGGUUGCAACUGUGAGUCCAGCAGCAGACAACUAUGAGGAGACUCUGUCGACGCUGCGUUACGCAGAUCGAGCAAAGAACAUUGUGAACCAUGCUGUAGUUAACGAGGACCCCAACGCUCGCAUCAUCAGGGAGCUCAGAGAGGAAGUAGAGAAACUAAGAGUACAACUGACUCAGGCAGAGUCUUUGAAGGCUCCAGAGCUGAAAGACCGUCUAGAAGAGUCAGAAAAGUUGAUUCAAGAGAUGACCAUCACCUGGGAGGAGAAACUUCGCAAAACUGAGGAGAUUGCACAGGAGCGUCAGAAGCAAUUGGAGAGUCUGGGUAUUUCUCUCCAGUCCUCAGGGAUUAAGGUUGGAGAUGAUAAGAGUUUUCUUGUAAACCUUAACGCUGAUCCUGCCCUCAAUGAACUUCUGGUAUACUACCUGAAGGAACACACAAAGGUGGGCUCAGCAGACUCUCAGGACAUCCAGCUGUGCGGGAUGGGUAUCCAGGCAGAGCACUGUGUCAUCGAAAUAACUGCAGAUGCUGCCGUCGUGCUCACCCCCUACCGCAAUGCUCGGACAUGUGUUAAUGGGUCUCCAGUAACCAGUGGUCUGCAGCUUCACCAUGGUGACCGAAUCCUCUGGGGAAACAACCAUUUCUUCAGGAUCAACCUGCCUAAGCGGCGUUCUCGGGGAACUGAGGAUGAGGAGGGCGAGGGUAGUGUAAUGAAGAACAGUGGCAGCAGUGAGCAACUGGAUGCAGAUGGUGACACAGCCAGCGAAGUGUCGAGUGAAGUGAGCUUCUCCUAUGAGUUUGCCCAGACAGAGGUCAUGAUGAAGGCCCUGGGCAAUAAUGACCCCAUGCAAGCAGUGCUGCAGUCUCUGGAGCGGCAGCAUGAAGAGGAGAAGCGCUCUGCUCUGGAGCGACAGAGACAAAUGUACGAGCAGGAACUCCAGCAGCUCCGCAAGAAGCUGAACCCAGACCGUCUGUCCACAAGCCCGUCUGGAGGGUCAGUGUCUGGCCAGCAGGGACCGGGACAGCAGUCUCACUACCGCAGCCUGGAGAGACUUAGUAUGGGAGGGAUGAGUCAUUCAACCAGCGCUCAGAGCAGACUGAGGCAGUGGAGUGAGGACAGGGAGGCGGUGCUGGUGAGGAGUCUGCGACGGCUGAGGGAGCAGAUAGUAAGGGCAAACCUCCUGGUGCAAGAAGCCUGUUUCAUUGCCGAGGAGCUGGAGCGACACACAGAGUACAAAGUCACUCUACAAAUCCCAUCGGACAACCUCAACGCAAACCGCAAGAGGGAUGCAGUGCUCAGUGAACCAGCAAUUCAGGUUCGACGUCGGUGUCGAGGGAAGCAGAUCUGGAGUCUGGAGAAGAUGGAGAACCGUCUGGUCGAUAUGAGAGAGUUGUACCAGGAGUGGCAGGACUACCACGUCCAGCACCAUGACAACCCUGUGAUGCGCUCAUAUUUCCGUCGAGCGGACCCGUUCUUUGACGAGCAGGAAAACCACAGUCUGAUCGGCGUUGCAAACGUCUUCCUUUCCUGUCUUUUCUAUGAUGUCAAGCUGCAGUACGCUGUUCCCAUCAUCAACCAGAAGGGGGAGGUGGCAGGGCGCCUUCAUGUGGAGGUGGUGAGAGUUGGAGGGGGAUUGGAGGACAACAUGGCCGGAGGAGAUGAAUCUGACAACAACCAGGACGCUGAAGUCCAGGAUCGUAAACUGGUCUGCAUGAUAAAGAUCCUGCAGGCCACUGGUCUUCCCCAGUACCUGUCCAACUUCGUCUUCUGUCAGUAUGCAUUCUGGGACCAGCCUGAGCCCAUCAUCGUGGCUCCUGAAGUAGACCCGUCGACUUCUUCGCCCAGCACCAAGGACCCACACUGCAUGGUGGUGUUUGACAGCUGCAAGGAGCUGGCAGUGUCAGUAACAGAGGAUUUCAUCGAAUACUUGACUGAAGGGGCAGUUGCCAUCGAAGUGUAUGGACAUAGACAGGCUGAUGCAGGGAGAAACCCCGCCCUGUGGGACCUUAGCAUCAUCCAGGCCAAAACACGCACACUACGAGAUAGGUGGAGUGAGGUAACACGCCGCUUGGAGCUGUGGAUUCAAAUCCUGGAGAUAAACGAGAACGGAGACUUUGUCCCGGUGGAAGUGGUUCCUGCUCGAGAUGUGCGGACAGGGGGAAUCUUCCAGCUGCGGCAGGGUCAGUCAAGGCGAAUCCAGGUGGACGUGCGCUCAGUUCAGGACUCGGGCACCAUGCCUUUGAUUGCAGAAAUACUGCUUGCAGUGUCAGUGGGUUGUGUGGAGAUCAGAAACACCACGGCAAACCAGGAAGGAGAUGAGAUGGACAGUUAUCAGGAAAGAGACCUGGAACGUAUGCGGGGCCAGUGGUUAGCAGCUCUCACUAAGAGACAGGAAUACCUCGACCAGCACCUGCAGAGCCUGGUCAGCAAAGCAGAAAAGACAGAGGAUGACAUGGAGAGGGAGGCCCAGCUGCUCGAGUGGCGCUUGACUCUGACAGAGGAGAGGAACGCUGUUAUGGUGCCCUCUGCUGGCAGCGGCAUUCCUGGAGCACCUGCUGAAUGGGUUCCUCUGCCAGGCAUGGAGACUCAUAUUCCUGUUGUCUUCCUGAACCUCAAACCCGAUGACCUCAGCUCACAAGACCAGUUUGAGGUUCCUGAGGCCGGAGGUUGGGAUGCCACCCUGAGUGGAGAGGAUGAGGACGAUUUCUUUGACUUACAGAUCGUCAAACACUAUGAUGGAGAGGUAAAAGCAGAGGCAUCAUGGGACUCUACCGUCCAUGAGUGUCCCCAGCUCAGUCGUGGGGGAGCGUGGCCGGAGCAGCGAGUAUACCUGACUGUUCGAGUGGUGGUUCAGCUGAGCCACCCUGCCGACAUGCAGCUGGUGCUCAGAAAGAGGAUCUGCGUCAACGUUAACCCGGGCCGCCAGGGUUUUGCCCACAACUUUCUCAGAAGGAUGUCCACCCGUAGCACCAUACCUGGCUGUGGGGUCACCUUUGAGGUGGUCUCCAACAUCCCUGGGGACGCCCCUGGUUCAGAGGACAGGGAGAUGCUGGCCCGGCUUGCUGCCAGCGCACACAACAGCCAGUCAGCUGAUGAUGAGGCUGCAAUUGAGAAAUACCUCCGCAGUGUCCUCAGUCUGGAGAACAUCCUGACUCUGGAUAGACUCAGACAGGAGGUGGCAGUGAAGGAGCAGCUGACGAGCAGAGGGAAGAGCAGCAGACGGAGCCUAAGUUCUCCUUCCGUCCACAGGCUGUCUGGAAGCAGACAAGACUUAUCCACAACCUGCCUGCUAGACGAUAAGGGUCGAUGGGAGAGUCAGCAGGAUAUCUUCAUGCCUUCUCAGUUUCACCGCACCCUCCCCCGACCGGCCUCUUCCCCUUCCACCUACUCCACCUCCCCUUCAUCAUCCCCAACUCCCUUCGGCAUGACGCCGCCACAGAACCAGGAACCAGAACAAGGUCGUUCAGGACUUGCUGCCUCUUAUCUUUCAGUUAAGGCGCUGGUUCCUCAGAUGCCCAAACUGCUCAAGUCUCUGUUUCCGGCACGAGACGACAAGAAGGAGUUGAGACCUUCACCACACAACCAGCAGCAGCAUGUUCCUCGCAUCAUGACAUCAGGAGGGGACGACAGCCGAGUCAAGGCUGAGACGACUGCUAUUCUACGGCCCCCAACCAAAGACAGACGGGCAGAGUUCCCAGAAGUCCCUCCUCUUCCUGUGCAUGACCCGCAUGACACUACCCCCCUCAGCCCUCUCAGCCAGUCAUCAAGUGGCUACUUCUCCAGUAGUGUUUCUACAGUUACCCUGUCUGACGUCCUCCAACCCUCCUCCUCAUCUUCCUCCCUCCUGGCUGCUGAGACUACGUUACCCACAAACCUCCAGCAGCAGGGUGCUGACAGGAACGAUGUUGUGACCUCUCCUCAGCCUAGCGUCAAGGUGGCCGCCGUCACUCCACCUGCUUCCCACAGCACAGCCAAUCACAACAACCUCACUGCGGAAAACUCCUUCUCUGAACAGAAGCUGGCCAACUCAGGAGGAGGAGGAGGAGGAGGUGAAGGCUUUGAGAGGCUGGAGAUCUUUGUGGAUGAUGAAGAGCAUAGCCACGAGGAUGUACUGCCUGAUUGGCUGUCAGAUGGGGCCUGUGUUACAGUGGGAAGCAAUAAGGCUGGGACAGUGCGCUACGUGGGAACGACACAGUUUGCUGAGGGAGUGUGGGUCGGGGUGGAGCUGGACACCCCUGUAGGUAAAAAUGACGGUUCGGUAGGAGGUCAUCGGUAUUUCCAAUGUAAACCAGGUUACGGGGUGCUGGUUCGCCCAAACCGGCUGUCAUGCCGUGAUCGGACCAGUAGGCGCAUGGGAGAGUUCGCUGCUCCCGCUCACGUCCCCGUCCUGCGAGGAGAAGCCAUUGUUGCCCGUCGGGGGGAGAACCGCAAGUCCUGGAGCAGUUGAGACAGGGAAACCAGGAGCUGGAUGGGAGAGAUGAACUCCCCACAGCCCUCCUCCUCCUCCUCCUCUCUUCUUUUCCUCCCAGCUAUGCAACAGGCUCCUACAUCAGAACUGACAUACUGCCUACCCUCCUAAACUUUAAAAACUACAUUCACUACAUCCAUUAACAGGUAAUGGAUACAAAUAGAAUAAUGUCAGUGAAGACUAUUCAGAACAAAUGCAAGUAAGUUGAUGAAGGACUGUGCAGAAUAUAUGGAAGUCCAUGGAAGGACUAUUAUCACGUGCGAAGAUCAUGCUAAAUGACUGGCGGUCAGUGGGAAGACUGCCGAGAGUGAUUGGAGGUCAUUACAGACUUUGUUGUAUUCGAGUGUUGCAGCUCUGCAGGGGUGUGUCUGGAUGAUUUGCCUCAGAAAUUUUCUCUGAGUUGAUAUACAGGGAUGCAAACUAGUCACACUUUAGAGCUGCUUUUUUCUUUUUCCUGUAAAUAUAUAUUUUAACUUUUCUCAUUUAAGACUGCAGAAACCUUUUUGAAAAACAAAAAAAGCCUUCAUCUUUCUCAGUUGGAUGCUGGCUGAUGGAUUUAUUUGCCACUUCUAUUUUUUCUUCUUUUCACCAUUCAUAAUGAUUAGUUAUUCUUUGUAGUCGUAGCUAGAAAAGAUCAAAAUAUACUGUAUGGACAUUCUGAUUUGUAACCACAUUCUUGUGACAAGCUGAAAACACUGUCUUCAAUGUAGAAUAUUGUCCCGUAGUUUUUCUUCAGUAAUUCUUGUUCUCCCUUUAUGUCGCACUAUAAUAUGUGCGUGAAUGAGGAAAUUGAUUUUUUAAUUUUUUUAUUUGCUGUCAGAGCGACAUUAAGUUCAAACCAUGCCAGUCACGCAGUGACUUUCACCUGCGCUGCGUUUGCAUCCCUGUAUAUGACGUUUCUACCAGAUAGCCCUAGAAUCCCCCUGCUCCAGCUGCCUCCCCUGAGCUCUCUAUGUCUGCAGAUAGACACUUCGACUCGCUGUUUGAGACACGUCUCCUCCUCCUGGACUCCUUCUCUUUUCUUUUGAAGAUGGAUCCUCCCAGAAUGUGCCUUCACCAUGGCUUGGUUUGCAUUUGUUUGUCUGUAUAUUUAAUGUCUGCUAGCUGUGUUUGUGUUUAAGAGAAUGCCUUGAGCUAAGUGUGGGGUGAUCUCAGGGACUGCAGAGGGGAAAGGACAAGGAGGGGUGUGUAUGUGUGUGUGCGUGUAUUUGUAAAUGCUGUACAGUGUUGCUCUUUGUGCACAGGUUCAUGUUGUCCUAGUCGUGUUGAUGUUGAAGAUUAUUUGUGUAAAGCAGGAAAAGUUGUGUCCUUGUUGGACAAAGCCACUAUGGGAGCAAGCUGUUCGUACUGGGAGGCUUUUAAAGUCGAUUUUGCACUGGUGACGUCGAAUAAGAAGCAUCUGUAUGUGAGCAGAAGGCGUCUGGUCAUGGUGCAGGUAGAGGUAGAGCUGUGUUAACAACGCGACGUGUGACAAUGUGAAAAUGGCUCUUGAUGACCUUAAACUAGAGCGUGCUCUCCAUCUGAGCGGGCCGUCUUGAUGUCUGUUCUUGAGGCAGAUUUGCUAGUUAUCCGCUGUGGCUGACAUUUGGACACCAGGAGGCGCUGUUGAGAGCAGGAUUUGGUGGCGUGUUGGUGGGAAACAGGAAACAGGUAUGUGUAUGUGAUGAGGAAAAGAAAGUGAGAUGGACACGCAGAUGUUCUGCUGCGUGUUUCAUUCUUGAGCAGAGAAUCAACUUGCUUCUAUGCAUGUGAUCUGUUUUAUAACAGAUUUUAUCUUUUGCUUCUGGGUGGCUGACACAAGUUGUUGCACAUUUCAGGAAAGUCUUCAACACAAGAGCAGUUCUGACGAUUGAGCAUUCCUGGCAUGUCUGUUAAAGAAAGAUUGUUUUUAUUAUUAGUUCUUAUAUUGAACAUCACAUUCCAGAGGGACUAACAUUUUACAGUGACCUUAUUCUUUGCAUAUGAAUUAUUGAGAAAGUGUUAGUGAUAAACCACAGCACUGUUUCAUUCAUUGUGUAGAUCAUCAGACUACACGUGUUCCCACUGCUUAUCCGCAGGUUAAAAAGGGUGCGAGGAGUACUACUCGGCCUGUGAAAACGGUUGUAUAAUAUCAUAUGUAGCUCUAGAGCGAGCUUUACAACGUCUGAGAAAUUAGCCCUGAAGAUGUCAUCAGGGUUACUACAUGAAGACGACACAUUUUGAGCAGAAAGCCAGAAAGGCACAUGGAGUUUGAUAGACAUGGACAUAUAACACAUUGGGAGAGUCUAACAGAAGAAAUUCUAGAGUUGCAUUGUGGGAGAUGCAGGCUCUAGUGUUUUUAGAGCUUAACUCAUAUUGAUCCGAUAUCUCAACUUGUGGUUCUUCAGUUGUGAUUCUUUCUGUUUCAUUGACAUGUUUUUCACAAGUUUCCUAAUCGCUAUGCUAAAUUAUGGGAGUACCUGUUGAAUAAACUAGACUGAGGUCAGUGUAAAAUGUUUAACUGCAGUGAUGCUGUCUCACCAAGUGAGCAACAGGCAUGUGUUUAUGGUGGAUGAUGGAAAAGCAGUGUUUCAUCAUUACUUGGUGUCUUUUAGUACCAUGUCUCAUUAACAAUGGCCAGGCUAAGUUCAUAGCCUGAUGAUGACGACAAACCUGAAUAUGCUAGUUGACAUGUUAUUGAUGUCCACUGAGGUGACAUCCAGUUUAUCCAUGUAUACUGAGGAGUCUAUGCAGAUUCCUGAUGAGAUGAUGUGACGAUGCAUGCUUAUGAUACAUUAUCUGGAAUACUGUGCGCAUGUAAACGCACUUGGUAUGUCCAAACACUAUCAUCUUUAUGGAUAUAUGUUUUUCCAUUCUUUUUAUCAUGCGUCUUCUUAAUUCGAGAGGCAUGAAUUUACUAUUUAUAUUUAAAUGCUUGUACACAUGCAUUUAUCGCAUGAAAAUUGAUAAAGCCUUUUUAUUUUAAUAAAUAUUGCACAAAUGAUUCCAUGAAAAUUGCUGCUAUUAGCAUUGUAAAUUUACCUGUAAAUGGAUCCAUUGAUUCAUCUAACACUUUCUAUCUUUUACUGUAUACUAGAUAGGAAUUCAGUAGUUUGUUUUUUAAUCCCAGACAGAAACUAAAGUCAGCGCUUUGGUUCAGUCAAUCUAUUUUUAAUAUGAAGCAAUUCCUAAAAAUGAGGCACUUUGUCAUGUGAGCCUUGGAGAAGAUGUGGGAGUAAAGGUCGGAAUAUGUUCUGGGUGAAUAAUCACUCCAUUGACUUUUAUUUUUUUCAAGAGGAAGAGGAAACUAUGAUGUUGGAGUUGAAGUAUGAGACGAGGAGACAAUGUAUCACCAUAGUCUAGUUAUUAUCUGUGAUUAUCUGUGUAUUUAUUAUCUGGCCUUAAAGCCCAGGACCCUCUGAUUGGUUGCUGUAGGUGGCUGUCUGGUAUGUUAUUGGUUGGAGUUGUGAGGUGUUUCAUAGAAUGGACUCUUGUUGGGUUGGUUGUGUGUUAGAAUAUAGUGGCUCAUAGCAGUAAUGUGGUAAUGAAGGAAGGGAGUAUGGUUUUCUUGUGUGUGUGUGUGUGUGAGAGAGAGAGAGAGAGAGAAUUUUGGGUGGGCGUGGCUUUGAUUCAGUCGUGUCCGUGAGUUCUCGCCGAGAUGGGAAAUGACCGCCAGCUGCCACUUUACUUGUUAUACUUCUGACUUGAGCUGAGAGCAACAAACUUUGACCCCCGCUCUCUUGAUGCAUUUAAAAUUCCAGUUUCUGUGGCUGCUGUGCUUUCCUGUCCUGGUCUUUGCUCAGGGCACUGCUAAAGGGGUUUGAGAUCACUUCAGGCUUCUGGAUGUCCCUUUAUGUUACUGUGCCUCAGAAAUCACAUGACCAUGUAUCUUCCACACUCUGUUUUCAUAUCAACGCUUCAGUUCGUUUGCACAGAAGUCUCCAGAGGGGAUGAAAGAGUUCAUUUCUGGAACACUUGUGUAUGUAGGAAGAAAAUACAACCUGUCUUUUUGUUUGGUUUGUUUUUCAUUGGUCCAGUGUUCUCAAGUUUCCUCUCGUGCUUUAAAUUGUACUGAAACGGUUUGAAUUUUCUGCUUUCAGUUCAGUGUUUAGAGCGAUAUUUUUCAGCGAUAUUCCUUCACUCACUGCUCCACUACACUUCAAGUAAAGAAGAUAAAAGUUGGUGAAAUUGGGAGUUAUUAUUUGAGCUAAUAAGUGGUGGUAAUGAGUAUUGUCUUUUUCCAGCACACUUCCUCCUUUAUAAAUGUCCACACAGAUCGCAGCAUCGUAAAUGCAUUCGUUUAGCAGAUAAAGUGUGACGCUGACAUUAGAUAGAAACAUGCAGUUCAUGGGCUGCGUGAUGAUCAACAAGAGCCAUUUUACUAAAGGAACUGUAAUAAGAAAACUCGCAUUAGUAAUAACAGCUCGGAAUGGAUUUAAUGUUGUAGCUUCAUUUCAGUGGUCUCCAUCUCUGCCAGCAGUGUUAUAGAUGUGACUGUAUCAACCAUAAGAACCACAUUCAGUUCUGUUCCUAUUGAUGCGAUUUGUGUCCAGUCAUAUUCAGACUGCAUGUUGAUCUGAACGAGUCUUCAGCCCCUCAGAAUGUUCUUUUUUUUUUUUUUUUUUUUGUAUUGUUUUUGGUUCCCUUUUUUGGGCUGAGAGCAUUUGUUUUGCUCAGAAUUGGUCCCAUAUCUUAGUUGCAUUCACCUCCUGUUGCAUUUCCUGUAGCUCUGUGCUAACCUUGGGGUCGCUGGCCUGGAGCAACAUUUUCCCCACCUUGACGUGGCCUUCAAUCUGGAGCCAGACUGGUUUUAGCAGGAACAAUCCCAGCUCUCUAACUAAACAUGCUGUACUAUAAACCUGUGCUAUUGAAGAGAGUCAUUCUGAAACCGUAUAAAACCAUUCUGGUUCACAUCAAUGGAUGGAGUAAGGUCAUCUUCUGAUUUUAGUAGAAGGUCAUUUGGUCACAGAUGUUGUCAGGUUUUUAAGACAUCAGAGAGAUUUUGGAAAAAGAUUUUCACUGAUUUAACCUCCUGCCUUACUGGAGGGAUGGUCAUUGUGUUGCCCCCUGGUGGCCACAAAAGGGCCUGACUCACACACAGGGAAUUUUUAUCCACAACCAGAAAAUCAUCAAAAUCAGUGAAUUUACAAGCCGCCACUGCCCUACAGCAGCAUGCCUGACAGCUUCUGCCAACCUGGGAUCAUUCCGCUUCCAGCCAGAGAUCUGAGGAGGUGAUCUGUUGUUAAAAAAAAAAAAAAAGCAAACAAAUAAUAAUAAUUGAACCUGCAGAAAAGUAAUGAGCUUU